AUGCCGCCGGCAGUCGUGCCGGUGGAAGACGGCGCCGGCGCCGGGGACGAGGCGACGUACUACAGCUGCCACGUCGCGUGGCUCGCGUGGUGGAACAACGUCCGGUGCGUCCUCGCGUCCACGUUCCUCCCGUGCCAUCCGGCGCCGGCGCCGUCGGCCGCCAAGCCCGCCGUCGUCCGUGGCACGCUCUUCCUGCCCUCCACGGGCGACCGCCGCGUCCGCCUCUUCCUCCAGGAUCACGGGGGUGCCGCGGACCCGCAGCCAGCGGACGACGUUCACUUCCUCGUGCUCGACCUGCCGUCCGGCCUCGGCGGCGCGGACAUCGCCGCGGCGGGCAGGAUCGUGCUCGAGUACCAGCGCCAGUGGGCGCCCGCCGCCGCUCCCGGCGCGCUCCUCGCCUCGUCCAAGUGGCUGGUGUACUGCAACGGCCGGCGCGUCGGGUACGCGGCGAGGCGGGAGGCGCCGUCGGACGCGGAGGGCUGGGUGCUGGAGAAGCUGCGGGCCGUGACCGCCGGCGCAGGCCGGCUACCCGGCGGAGGGGUCGAGUACCUGCGCGGGAGGUUCGAGAGGAUCGGCGGCUCGCCCGACGCGGAGUCCUUCCACCUCUUGGAGCCGAUCGGGUGGCCCGAAGUAAACGGCGGCGGCAACGGUGGCCUUAGCAUCUUCUUCCAUCGGAUUUGAUCGAGGUGUAAGCAUUUCGAUCGGAGAUCGUGGUAAUGUCAGCUACUGAUAAAAAAAACUCCACCUUUGGGGGAAAGAC